UCUUAUUGUCCGUCGGAUACGAAUCGACACCUCGAUAAGGUUUUGCGGCUUUAAAAAGCGGGCUGACCCAUAGUUCGUUUUAAGUAAGAGUGUAUUAUAAAGAGGUUAAUAGCGGUACAACAGAGUUUGGUAUGAUCUCUCCGUUCCAAUAGAUGGCAGCAAUACAGACACGAAUCUGAAUUUUGUGAUGGGCAAAGUAGAGGGGCGGGUUUUGGGAGUCACGGGGCCGAUGAUUGGUGGAAGGCGACCUCGGCUGCAGAAUGCGGUGCCGCGAUCAGAACCGGCGCGAUGGCCAAGAGCGCAGCGGUCGUUGUGGACAGCGAUUUGAGAGGGCAGUCGGCCUCCAGCAUCAUUCAUGUAGCGAGAGCGACUUCGCCGGCCAUCGUUAAAGAACAGAAUGGAGAAGACCGCGUUUCCGGCGUAAAGCGCGAGGAGCAGGAGAGUCCAGAUUCAAAAACUGUGCUCCCCAAUUUAGUAAAAGAAGAACUCAUCAGUUUGGACGACGCUCAAGAGUUCAUGGCUUCUCCAGCCUGCAGGGAAACAUCUCAACACAACCAAUUACACACCGCUCAAUGUGGAGAAAGUGAAAAGGUGGAAGGACAUUUACUCGAUGAAGACAAAGUGAAUAUCACGGCAUCGGUUCCGAUGAAAGAAGAGUUCCUUGAUCCAGUUUCUGUGUCGGUGAAAGAUGAAUUGUGUGAAAUUCAAAUUUUCUUACAUAAUAACUUAAUUGAGUCUAACCUGGAAGAUACAGAAAUUAAGGAGGAGCAGCCUGAAGGUAGCCUUGCAGCUUCUAAAGUAACCCACGAGCAGGACAACCAUGCGAGUUUCGAUUCAUCUGUUAAUUGUGUGAGGUGUAGCGAGUGUGGAAAGACCUUCAGUUGUUUGUCAAAGUUAAAGAUUCACCACAGAAUCCACUCUGGCCAGAAGCCAUAUAGUUGUGACGAAUGUGAGAAGAGCUUCAUUCAGUCUUGUCAUCUGAAAGCACACAAAAGGAUUCACACUGGUGAGAAGCCAUAUAGUUGUGCUGAAUGUGGGAAAAGCUUUGGUCGUUUAGAAAACUAUAAAACGCACCAGAGAAUUCACACCGGAGAAAAACCGUUUGGCUGUCCAGAAUGUGGCAAGAAUUUCAAUCGUUUAGGAAACCUGAAAGCCCACCAAAGAAGCCACACUAGAGAGAAGCCAUACGGUUGUCCUGAAUGUGGGAAGAGGUUUAGUUCUUCUGCAGGCAUCAUGAUACACCAAAAAAAGCAUACUGGAGGGAAAUUGUUUAAUUGUCCCAAAUGUGCAAAAACCUUCUCAUGUUUGGGAAGCUUACAGACACACCAGAGAGUUCAUACUGGGGAGAAACCAUUCAGCUGUUUCGAAUGUGGAAAGAGCUUCAAACGUUUAGGGACAUAUAAAAUGCACCAGAAAAUUCAUACUGGUGAAAAGCCAUACGAAUGUUCAGAAUGCGGGAAAAGAUUCAAUCGUCUGGGAAAUUACAAGAUACAUCAGAAAAUUCAUACAAGAGAGAAGCCGUAUAGUUGCUCUGAAUGUGGGAAAAGGUUCAGCAAACUUGGAGAAGUUACAACACAUCAGAACAGGCAUAUGGGAAAUAAAUUAUUUAAUUGUUCAGACUGUGGGAAGACCUUCUCUUGUUUAGGAAAUCUUCAACUGCACCAGAGAAUCCAUACUGGGGAGAAACCUUACAACUGUUUAGAAUGUGGAAAACGCUUCAGUCGUUCUGGAAACUUUAAGAUACACCAGAGAGUCCACACUGGGGAGAAACCAUACAGCUGUCUCGAGUGUGGAAAGCGUUACAGCCAUUUGUCUAACCUUAAAGCUCACCAGAGGAAGCACACUGGAGAAAAACCGUAUUUUUGCACUGAUUGUGGGAAAUGUUUCAGUCAAGCCUCAGGUUUUAAGAUACAUAAGCGAAUUCAUACCGGGGAAAAGCCGUAUAAGUGUUCACAAUGUGGGGAGAGCUUUAAUCGCUCUGGAAAGCUCAAAUCACACUCAAAGAUUCACACAAAUAACUCAAGUUGUGGGUAGAGUUCUCAGUGUUAAAGACACUUCGUAGUGAAAGAGUGUCCAGAGGAUUAGUAGUAGAAAGGCCUGAGAGAUUAAUGCACAAGUCUAAUCUGAGGGCCCAGGAAAAAGUCAAACUCAUUAAAGAGACAACAAAUAAGCCAAAACACACAAUGAGAAUUAAAUUCCAGGAAGGAGGCCAUGUGUCCUACCACUAAAAUCUUGGCUUCGUCUAACACAAGAUUUUCAUUCAAAGAGGGGAUGUUUGGAUAUGUAUGCCACCAUCUUAAAUAGGGGCUACAUUCCAAUGUUAAGUGCCACAACACCACCCAAUCUCCUGACUGGCAACUAUACAGAACAUGGGUUUGUCCAUCAGAAACAAAUGAAAUGACAGUCUGUGAUGGUGCCUUGGUGAUUUUAAUGUCAUAAAAAUAGAAAAGAUGAACCACUAGAUUAUUUAGGAGUUAAAAUUAUUUGAAAAUGCAAUGAACUGUCUCUCAAGAAGCUAAAAACAAAAUUCAUAACACUCACUCCAGCAUUGUCUUGGCUGUAUGCUGUGGUCAUUGUUGUGCCGAAAUUUUAACUAUCACCUCAUUCUCAAUCUGCAUGCACUCUGGAGCAGAUUUUCUUCAAGGACCUUUCUGUACUGGGCCACAUUCGUCCUUCCCUCAGUUCUGACCACUGCCACUGAGAAAACCCCUAUAGCAUCAGGCAACCACUAUGCUUCACCAUUGGGCAGAGGUGUUGAGAACUUCCCAAAGACUUCAAUUUUUAUGACAUUAGAACAGAACAUUUUUCCUUGUGCCCUCACAGUUCUAUAAAUGCUGUUUGGCAAACUCCCAGCGGACUUCCAUGUACCUUUUAAUUAAGGGUUGCUUACAUACUGCCAAUCUAACCUCAAUUCUUACCAGUCUCCUUGUCUCCACCACUGAGAAGCACCCACACCCAUAUAGCAUGAUGCAACCACCAUACUUCACUCUAGGGAUGGUACUAGGCAGAUGGUGAGUGGUGCCUGGUCUUUGCAAGACCAAGUGCUUGGAGUUCUCCCCAAAGAGUUCAAUUUUUCUCUCAUCAGAACCUUUUUCUUCUUGUUCUGAGUCCUGUAAAUUCCCACAUACCUGACUUCCGUCUAGCCACUCUACCAUGAACACAUGAGUAACAGAGCACUGUUGAGAUGGUCAUCCUUCCAUUAUGCUGUCCUAUCUCAGCAGAUUACUUCUGAAGCUCUGUUAGAGGGACUGCUGUGGUGUUGAUCACCUCCCUGCUCAAGGCCCUUCUUGCUUGCUUUACACAGUUUUUCCAGAUGGCCAACUCUUAAGAAGAAUCCUGGUGGUUCCAUUUCGAUUAUUGGGCCAUCUUGCUGGGAACACUCAAAGCUUUAGAAAUGGUUUUAUGCCCUUGCCCUGAUCUAUGCCUUACCCCAGUUUGAUCAUGGAGGUCUACGGAGAGUUCCUUGGAGUUCAUGGCUUGGUUUUUCUCCUGACGUGCAGUGCGAAUUGUGGGACCUUAUCUACACAGUUGUGUGCCUUUCUAAACAAUAUCCAGUCAGUUCAGUUUUCCACUUCUGGAUUCCGGUCACCUUCUUGAUACAUCUCAAGGAGAAUUAAAGUGAACAGGAUGUACCUGAGCACAAUUUGGAGUGCCACAGUAGAGGGCCUGAAUGCUUAUGUGAGAGAUUUUAGUUUUUAAUUUAUAUAAGUUUUCAAACCUUUCUGAAAACGUUUUGUCCCAAUGGGUUAUUGAGUAUUAAAUGACAUGUACUUAAUCAAGGCCAGUAUUUCGAGGGGUUGGUAUUCACAAUUGAUAAGGUAAGUUAAGUGAGCGUAUGGUUUUUACAUGAAAACAAUUGUGUUACAUUGAACAUGAAGUUAAUAAUAAAGUUUUGCAAUCGCAUAAACUAAAAUAGAGAAGGGCGACUGGGAAUCUGAAUUGUGGGACAAUACAGUACAUGAGCUGCUGGUUCUGCAGACUCCAUCCUGACAAUGUUUAGAUUUGAAGUAGAGGAAUGCUGUGAAGAUACCUGAAGUCGCUGCAUAUUGGACAGUGGAUGGGUGGGUUAAGUAAGGAGAUGAUGGGGAUGUGGGAACCCAACUUCAUGCAGAACCACAUAUUGUAGUUAGCAUAGACGUCAUAGUUAGGGGG